AUGCCUUCUAGAAGGGCACAAGUUGGCCAUGGGCUAGCUAAAGUCCUAGGCAUCAAACUCGACUACCGACAGGAGAUGCACGCUGAGAAGAUCACUAGAGGUGAAUCUGUCUUCUCCGUCUCCAGCGCUGACACCUUCGUUGAGGCUGAGCCCACUGUUUGGGAAUGGUUCCGCGAUGUUACUCCGACUGGUGGUCAGAUGAAAACCUAUGGUCGGAAUCUCUUUCCCUUCACCCGCUGGAUUGGUCGUUACAACCUUCAAUGGCUCUACGGAGACUUGGUCGCUGGUAUCACCAUCGGUGCCGUCGUAGUACCUCAGGGUAUGGCUUAUGCCAAACUUGCUCAGCUUGAUCCCGAAUAUGGUCUAUACUCGUCCUUCAUGGGUGUCUUGAUCUAUUGGUUCUUCGCUACCUCGAAGGAUAUCACUAUUGGUCCCGUCGCCGUCAUGUCUACCAUCGUCGGAAACGUUGUGCUCAAGGCCAAAGACAGCCAUCCUGAGUACCAAGGUCACGUCAUCGCAUCUGCACUUUCUGUCAUCGUUGGCGCUAUCGUUUGCUUCCUCGGUCUUGCCAGACUCGGCUGGCUCGUCGACUUCAUUUCUCUCACCUCCAUCUCGGCAUUCAUGACUGGUUCCGCUAUCAACAUCUGUGUCGGUCAGAUCCCAACCCUGAUGGGUAUUACCGGCUUCUCCACCCGUGACUCGACAUAUCUUGUUGUCAUCCAUAUCCUGGAGCAUCUUGGACGAUCAAAACUGGAUGCAGCAAUGGGUCUGACUGCCCUUCUCUUCCUCUAUCUCUUGCGUUUCGGCUUCCAAUACCUGGGAAACAAGAUUCCCAAGCACCGCAAGCUCCUUUUCUUCUGCUCCACAUUGCGCACUGUCUUCAUCAUCCUUCUAUACACCCUGAUCAGUUGGUUGGUCAACCGCAAUAUUCCCGGCAUUCACAACAAGAAGAAGACCGCCACUCUCUCCAAGUUCAAGCUGUUGGGAACUGUUCCUCGUGGCUUCAAGCACGCUGCUGUGCCAACAGUCACCGCUGAUAUCAUCAAGGUGUUUGCCAGUGAGCUUCCGGUUUCAGUCAUCGUCCUGCUUAUUGAGCACAUCUCCAUCGCCAAGUCCUUUGGUAGAGUCAACAACUACUCGAUCGAUCCCUCUCAGGAACUUGUCGCUAUUGGUGUUUCGAACCUCCUCGGUCCUUUCCUUGGUGCUUAUCCUGUCACUGGUUCUUUCUCACGUACUGCUAUCAAGUCCAAGGCUGGUGUUCGUACACCUUUCGCUGGUGUCAUUACUGCUGUCAUCGUUCUCCUGGCUAUCUAUGCCUUGCCAGCAGUCUUCUUCUACAUUCCCAACUCGGUCCUCUCUGCCGUCAUCAUCCAUGCCGUUGGUGAUCUUAUCACUCCUCCCAACACUGUUUACCAGUUCUGGAAGAUCUCACCUAUCGAGGUUCCUAUCUUCUUUGCCGGUGUCUUGGUCACUGUCUUCUCUUCGAUUGAGAACGGUAUCUACACUACCAUCUGCGUGUCGCUUGCUCUUCUCCUCUUCCGCGUCUUUAAGGCUCGUGGACGCUUCCUCGGAAAGGUCCAGGUCCACUCUGUUAUUGGAGACCAUCUUCUCGAAGAUAAGGAUAAGCCUCAAAACCACCCCUACGACCAUGAGAAGGCUGACCGCAGCAUCUUCCUGCCUAUCGAGCACGAUGAUGGUUCCAACCCCAUGAUCGAGACUGAAUCUCCCCACCCUGGAGUCUUCAUCUACAGAUUCUCGGAGGGCUACAACUACCCCAACGCUAACCACUACCUCGACUACAUGGUUUCUUCGAUCUUCAAGCAAACUCGUCGCACUGACCCUGACGCAUAUGGCAGACCUGGUGACCGUCCUUGGAACGACCCUGGCCCGCGCCGUGGCAAGGCUGCGAUAGUCGAGGACCAAAAGCCCACUCUUAAGGCUGUCAUCUUGGAUUUCUCUUCUGUCAACAACGUUGAUAUUACCUCUGUGCAACAUCUUAUCGACGUCCGCAACCAGCUCGAUCGUUACACCACUCCUGAGAAGGUUCAGUGGCACUUUGCUCACAUCAACAACCGCUGGACCCGUCGCGCUCUCGCAUCCGCUGGCUUCGGUUACCCCACCGAGGAGGGCGAAGAGUUCCAGCGCUGGAAGCCAAUCUUCAGCGUUGCUGAGCUUGGUGGUUCUUCAAGUGCCGCUGCUGAUGCCGAGUACGCCCUCAACCACGCUGAGUACAAGAAGCACCGCGAUAUUGAGCUUGGACGCGCUCAGAGCAGAGAGAUUCACGGCGAAAGCAGUGAAACUUCCAGCGACAUCAACCAGACUAUCCAGAACAGCAAGGCAUAUGAUUCGCAGGUCAACCAGAAGAAGGUUGUUGUGCAUGGCCUCAACAGACCUUUCUUCCACAUCGAUUUGACAAGUGCUCUGCAAAGCGCUGUCGCCAACAUCUCAAAUCCUUCAGCUACCGCCGAUGUUGUCCAGGACAAGCUCAGCUGA